UUGUCAGGACAGGCAGACUUUUACAACGUCAGCAGUCGGCGCGUUGAUCGCGGGGCCGCUGCAACUUUUACAUGUCAAUCUACGAGCAGCCACUCAGCGAGACACACACACGCGCACACUUGAGCACUGAGGGGUGUGUCAAUGCACGUUGAGUUCCUCAAGGAAGUACAAGUCGUCAGUAUCUCAAGGCGGAGUGCCGAGACGCCUGGGCCGCUGCUUUUUGCUAACAUGAAGCGUUGAGGUCAAGCCAGUCGUGCUGUUUGUUGUCGACCACGACCAGAGCAGGGGGGGGACGCCGCCAACUCAGACAGCCAUGGACCACUUCAACUCCAAGGACACGGCCUUGAAGGUCCAGAAGAAAAUCCUGAGCAGCAUGGCCACCAAGGCCUCUGUCCAGCUGUUUAUCGAUGACACCACUAGCGAGAUCCUGGAUGAGCUCUACCGCGUCUCCAAGGAAUACACGGGCAACAAAGUGGAAGCCCAUAAGGUGGUCAAGGACGUGAUCAAGAUCGCCGUCAAGAUCGGCCUUUUGUUUCGCAAUAACCGCUUCAGCACAGAGGAGCUGCUCUUGGCCCAGGACUUCAAAAAGAAGCUGCACCAGGGUGCGAUGACCGCUAUCAGUUUCUAUGAGGUGGACUUCACCUUUGAGAAGACAGUGAUGUCGGAGCUCCUGACGGGCUGCAGGGACCUCCUGCUGAAGCUGGUCAACAGCCACCUGACGCCAAAGUCCCACGGGCGCAUCAACCACGUCUUCAAUCAUUACGCCGACCCCGAGCUGCUCACCCGGCUCUACCAGCCCGACGGGCCUUUCCGGAACCACCUGGUGCACAUCUGCAAGGGACUCAACAAGCUUAUAGAAGAUGGGACAAUAUGACAAACUCGUGGUCUCCCCUUUGGGACCACACUGACACUUCACGCUCGAUCGACACUGACCUGCUGCUAAGAGAGCAAACAUAAAGAGGGAAGGUGCCCGACGCACGCUCCACUUGGGAAAAAAACUGCUGGAUUGGUUUUUCUUUUCUUUUUUUUUUGAGGUGUCGUUAUGACAGCAGGUCAGACUAGAACAAAGUGGUUCACACUGUUUUAAAACUUAUGAAUUAGGAUCCAUGUUUCCGUGGAAAGAGGAAGAAGCGGCAGAUACAUUGCUGAUACAAUGCUGCCAUCUAGCGGUCAGGAUGUUGUAUCAGCAAGAGGAAAAUAAUAUUGAAGCUACAGAAGUUUGGAAAAAAACAUCCAAUAUUAAUAAUAAUGAUGAUGAUGAUGAUAAUAAAGCCAAUAAGGUGACA